AUGAACGACCUCACCAACGUUCUUCCGCCAAUAAUCCCAACUCUCCCAGACUUUCUCAUAUUGGAAGAAAUUCUGCCAAGACUCCCGGUAAAAUCCCUAAUUCGCUUUAAAUCUGUUUCAAAAUGCUGGCUUUCUUCAAUUUCUUUCCCUAAAUUUGCAAAAUCCCACCUCAAAUUCUCCUCUUCUCAUUCGAAAUUCCUCAUACUUACUGAAAACAAUCGUGAAUGGAAGAACGAAUUCUUCUUAUUAGAUUACAAUGAAAAUAAUUGCAAUGUGAAUGAAUUCGUUCAAUUGGUAUUUGAUAAUGGGUGUGAUGACCCAAUUACAUUUAUGGAAUUAGUGGGUUCUUGUCAUGGUUUGGUGUGUUUUUAUGUGCGGAAAGACCCUAAAUUCUUUUUUGUUUGGAAUCCUGCUACUCGUUGUUCUCGUAAAAUCAUGAUUCCUGUAGCUCACGAUAAGGCUAUGCAUUAUGGAUGUGAGUUUUAUUAUGAUCCAUCACAUGAUGAGUAUAUGAUCUUUGGCUCGUUUUCGGCUCCUGGAGAUUUCUAUGUUCAUUUUCAUGUGUUUUCUUUGAGUUCUGGAAUUUGGAAAAGAAUCAGUAAUUUAGAUAAGCAUUUCCAAUUGAUUGUGCUUGGGAACACACUUUUAGUUGAUGAUACUAUAUACUUUUGCUCUUUUAUAAACAAUCAUAUUGUUGGGUUUGAUUUGGUUAAUGAGGAAAUAAAGGAAUUGCCGUCGAUGAAUUGGCUAAGUAGGUAUUACAGGGCGCGUUUAUUGCGCUUGAGGGGUUGCUUGUCAUUGCUUUGUUACACCUCGGAUGAUCUUCUUGAUGUUUGGAUAUUGAACAAUUCUAGAGAUUGGAAUUCUUGGCAGAAAUUGUUCUCUUUCAAUUGUGUAAAUGUUAUGUACCAUGGUUUCUCUGAGACGGGCAAGUGUUUGGUACACCAUGGGGGACAGCUCAAGGUUGUCGAUCCAAGUUGUGAAACUCUACAGUUUUCUCGAGAAGGUAUUAAUCUUAAUGACGACUGCAUAGUUCAAUCAAAGGAUUAUAUUGAGAGUCUGGUUUCGCCUUUCUAA